AUGUCAGAAGAUAUUUUACAUCAAAUUCGUGUUAGUUCUAGAAAUUUCGAUAUUGAGAUGAAUGAGGAAGUACACAAUCGUGCUUUACUCUUGAUCGAAGAUAUCUGUUACCUCAUGUGCGGUAAUUUAUUAAUCAGGUUAGGCAUGCCAGCACCAUGUCGUGAAAUGAAUGACACAUUUAAUCGAGAAUUGGAACGGGAACGUGAAUAUGACCUCCAGGAAUUAGAUUUAGUAGUUCAAACGAAUGUUCCCCUGUUGAAUUGCCAACAAAAGGAAGUUUAUUAUACUUUAAUGAAGGCAAUCGAUGAUGAAAAUGGUGGUUUAUAUUUUCUAGAUGCUCCUGGUGGAACUGGCAAGACAUUCCUCAUGUCAUUAGUUUUAGCAAGUGUUCGGGCGAGAUCAAACAUAGCGGUUGCAGUUGCUUCUUCUGGAAUAGCAGCCACGUUGUUAGAAGGAUGCCGUACGGCUCAUUCUGCAUUCAAAUUACCGUUAAAUAUUCAAUCUAUUGAAGAACCAACGUGUAAUAUUGCAAAACACUCAGCAAUGGCCAGAGUUUUAGCGUUAUCGAAAAUCAUCAUCUGGGACGAAUGCACAAUGGCCCAUAAACGUGCAUUAGAAGCACUUAACCGAACAUUAAAAGAUUUACGCAAUGACUCAAGAUGUUUCGGAGGAGCAAUGAUUUUACUGUCUGGCGAUUUCCGCCAAAUACUGCCAGUAAUUCCAAGAUCUACAGUUGCCGACGAAAUAAACGCUUGCCUCAAAUCGUCAAAUCUAUGGCGCUAUGUGAAGAAACUGCAACUGACAACAAACAUGAGAGUUACAUUGCUUAAUGAUACAUCUGCUGAAGAUUUCUCGAAGCAAUUGCUGAGUAUCGGUAAUGGUCAAGUACCUGUCGAUGAAUCGAGCGGAUUAAUAUCAUUUCCAAACAAUUUUUGUAAUUUUGUCUCAUCAAAAGACGAACUUAUCAACAAUGUAUUUCCAGAAAUUAUUUCUAAUUGCAAAAAUAAUGAAUGGUUGAGUAAGCGGGCAAUUUUAGCAGCAAAGAAUAAAGAUGUAGAUGACCUAAACCACAUAAUUCAUAAAAUAAUUGGAACAAUGCAUUCAUUCAAAUCUAUUGACUGCGUCACAAAUGAAGAUGAAGCCACCAACUAUCCAAUUGAAUUUUUAAACUCUUUGGACGUGCCUGGCUUACCGCCGCACAAUUUACUCCUAAAGGUUGGCUCCGUAGUAAUAAUGCUUCGAAACAUAAACCAACCAAAACUUUGCAACGGUACGCGUUUGGUGGUUACAAAAUUGUUGAACAAUGUAAUUUACGCUACCAUAAUGAUAGGAAAAUUUGAAGGUGAGGAAGUUCUCAUUCCGAGAAUACCGAUGAUCCCAACCGAUAUGCCGUUUGAAUUCAAAAGAUUUCAAUUUCCAAUACGCCUUGCAUUUGCCAUGACCAUCAACAAAUCACAAGGGCAAUCCUUAAAAGUUUGUGGUUUGAAUUUGGAACAUUCAUGUUUUUCCCAUGGACAACUAUAUGUGGCAUGUUCACGGGUCGGAAAACCAUCUGCGUUGUUUGUUUUUGCGCCUGAUAACAAAACAAAAAAUGUUGUGUAUAACAAGGUACUUCAAUGA